CUUCCGCGAGUGGCGGUGGUGAGAGGGGGUGGGGAGGGGGGGGGCGGCGGGGUACGGAAACAUGGCGGGAGGGGGCGAGGUGGCACGGGGUGACCGAAGGGGGCACGUAAGGGUGAGAGAGCCGUGCCCCCCCCCUCGCCCCCCCCGGGAUGCUGUCGCACGGCUGGCGGCUGCUGCAGCCGCUGUUCAGGGGCCGUCUGCUGCUGCUGACCAACACGGUGAGCUGCGGGACGCUGCUGGCGGCCGGCGAUGCUCUGCAGCAGUUCUGGCAGCUCCGCCGUGACCCCCAGGCCCAGCGGCAGCCCGCGCGCACAGGGCGCAUGUUUGCCGUGGGCUGCAGCAUGGGUCCGAUGCUGCACUUCUGGUACCUGUGGUUGGACAACGCCUUCCCGGCGCGGGGGAUGAGGACGGUGCUGAAGAAGGUGCUCAUCGAUCAGGUGGUGGUUUCACCCGUCCUGGGGGUGUGGUAUUUCCUGGGCAUGGGCACGCUGGAGGGCCUCAGCCUGGAGGAGAGCUGGCAGGAGCUGAAGGAGAAGUUCUGGGAGUUCUACAAGGCUGAUUGGUGCGUGUGGCCGGCGGCGCAGUUCUUCAACUUCCACUUUGUGCCGCCCACGUACCGGGUGGUGUACGUCAACACGGUGACGCUGGGCUGGGACACCUACCUGUCCUACCUCAAGCACAGGCCCAAGGAGACCCCCGUUGCCGAGAAGCAGCGCGGUGCCGGGCUGUGACGGCGCUGCUCCCAAAGACCCCGACGUUUUCAGGAGCUCCUGCCCACUGCUGUGACCUCACGGCACGGCCGGGCACUGAGCACUUGGAGAGAGCCGCAGCCGGGCUGCAGCCUGCACACGUUGUGCUGAUUAACUCAUCCGCUGAUUGCAAUUAAGGGGCUGGGGUUGUCGAAUCCGCUUGUGAAGAUGCUGCCUUCUGUAUAUUGCAGCGUGGAGAGCAGCGUUUGGCUUCAGUCCACGUCCCCCGCUGCCACCCCCCCACACACACACAGUUUCCAGCGGCCCUUUGCCUCUGGGUCUCAGCACUGCUGGUGGCUCUGGGAGUGGUUCCCAUCUGCAUCCACCGCAGCAGUAUCCCUGCUGACAGAUCCCAGCCUUUCCCCCCCCAGGCACGGAGCGGUGCUCCCCCCAGCCUGGGACCUCAUUCAUUCCAGCCUCCACGCGCCUCAAACCAUCUCCUAACACCCAAAUGGUGCCCCCCCAUAGCGCGGGUCCUUUCUGCUCGCUUUCUGCCCGCCGGCCCCUGGAAGAAGUGGGAGCCCCUCCUGAUCAGCAUUGAUUUAUUUCUUCACACCAUUUCUUUAAUACAGUGAUUUUUAGGAAAUUGUA